AAAGCAACAUCACUCUCUAUCUCUCUUUUUUUUUCUCUCUGCAAAAUCAUUCCUAAUCCCAAACAAAAGGAGUCGAUCAAUCUUACUUUCAUCCAAGCAAAAGAGGAUGUCUACUGUUACUGUAAAAGUGAGCAACCUUUCUAGUGGAGCAACAGCGGGAGACCUCGACGAGGUUUUUUUCUUGGCAGGAUCUAUUGUGUACAUAGAGAUGCAAAGGGAGACUCAAGUGGCAUUUAUCAGUUUUAGGGACUUGCAAGGAGCUCAAAACGCACUUGGUUUCUCCGGAAAAAUGAUUGUUGAUUCUCCAAUCAUUGUCACUAUGGCUCCAGACUAUCAGGCUUUAGCUUCAACGAUGACUACUGUCAAAGUAAGCCAUGUCUCCGUAGGAGCAACAGAGGGAGACCUCCAAAACGUAUUCUUCCUGGCUGGUUCUAUCAUGUAUAUUGAGAUGCAUAGGGAGACUAAAGUCGCAUAUAUCACUUUUCGGGACUUGCAAGGAGCUAAAGAAGCAGUUAAUUUCUCGGGAGCGACAAUUGUUGAUUCUUCAGUCACUGUGACUAUGGCCCCGGAUUACCAACUAUCUCCUUCCUUGGUUCAAAUGGGUACUGUAACUAUCCAACUUAUGUGCAAAACUCAGCGAGUAGGCCUUGUUAUUGGCAAAGGCAGAGCAACCAUCAAAGCCAUCUUGGCUGACACUGGUGCCAAUGUAACCACUUCUCCUUUAAUGCCUGGAUACCAAGUUGUGACCAUAGCUUCGUUCGAGAAUGUUCAGGGAUAUUCAUCACCCGUAGCCUCAUUCAUUUGUGUAUGACAACCGAUGCUAGGAAUCAUGAAGUCACCAUUCUUGUCAAUAAUGUUAGCGUGAGUUGCAUUGAUGAUGUCUCAGUUGAGGAUUGGAGUAAAUCUACUGGUUCUUUCAUCACAGUGUCAAAGAUGACAUCUAAAGAUUACUACCUGGUGAAGAUAAGCGGAGCAAAAGAAGCAGUUUUGAGAGCUUCUUUCAGAGUUGUGUGUCGACUGAGGGAUUUUGCACUAUUGUAAACACGUCUGGGUUUCUAAUUACAGAUAUUGCUAAGAGCUAGACCGAGAAGGGGGAUUUUGGUACUUCAAACAAAAAUUUCUUGCAUUUGUCAAUUCAUAGCAACAAAACAUUGGUUUA